UUCAUCAUGUGCUGACUCAAAUAUUCGUCUCAGGAUGGUACGUAUGACUUCAUAUCAACAAUGAAUUCUUUCAAGCAAAAGAAGAUGCAACCUUUAGCUACAAAUCAAACUCUUUAUAAUGGAACUGUUUUAAAUAUCCAUUUGCAGAAGAAGAUGUGCGAAGAAUUAACCUCUGCUGGUUCCAAGUUUGGCACUCACCGAAUGGACAUCUUGAUGGGUAAGAAUCAACGGAGGCCAGAAGAAGAGCUUAACCGAUAUAGAACACUGGCAAGUAACAUGGCAAUAGUGGCAGUACUCAUUGCAACAGUUAUAUUUGCAGCUGCUUUUACCUUGCCUGGAGGUUACAGCAAUGAUGACAGCAAUAACCAGGAACAAGGCAUGGCGAUUCUAGCCAAGAAAUUAGCUUUCAAGAUGUUUCUUAUCUUCGACACCAUUUCAAUGCUAAGCUCUAUUAGCGUUACCUUCUUGCUAAUUUGCACUGGCUCUCUAGAUCACGAUAUAAGAUUGCACUCCAUCAUUACUGCCAUGAAGUUCAUGUGGGUUGCACUAGGAGGGUUGGUGGUAGCGUUCUCCAUGGGAAUCUAUGUCGUCUUGGUCUCAAAAUGCAGAUGGUUGGCUGUUCUUAUUUGUGGAAUGGCUGCUUGUGUUCCCUUCAUGGCUUGUAUGAUAGCUUGUUGGCCAACUUUUGGUUCUAUUAAGCUGGUGCAGAAUGACAGAAAUCAAAAGACCAUAGAAAGAAAAAAUUCAAUCUUCAAUGUUAACAUGCACAUGCCCCAUUGGAUGGUGUUUGAUUUUGUCACACCCUUUGCUUCAGCCAGCUAGUUCAGCAAAACGUUUGGAACAUCCUAUAUAGUAUAUUUUCGCAGAAGUAUGCUUUCCGGGACUUUAAAUUCCAUCUAUAUGAACUUAUUCAGAAACUGGGAAAAAGAGCAGAAAAAACAGGCACAAAUCUCGGUUUUCAUGAUUUAUUAUUAUUAUUAUUAUUUUGGACAUGAUGUCUUAUUUGUUGAUUUGGAAUUAUUUUCGAAAAUCAAAUCAGAUUUAUUUUGAAAAGAUUUGAUAUUCAAUUAAUAUAUUAUUUAGACAAUUGAUUAUUUCUCUAAAUUGUUGAUUUGAUUAGGGAUUAGGUUUCGAUAUUUUUUCUCAGUUCACUUUAUCUCAAAUCUAUACAAUAGAGUACAAGGACUGUUGUAUUAUGUAAGAGAGAGCUUGCGGGUUAUUGUAAUUCUCUUGUUCUCAAAUUUAGUAAAAUCAUCCCCUCUUCGUGGACGCAAAUAUCUUCACAUAAUCACAUAAAUCAUUGUAUUUAUUAUAUUUGUAUGGUGAUUUUAUUUUCAUUGUGAUUGUUUGCACAACAUUAUUAGGAUCUUUGGUUUACAUUGAUGGUCUUCUCAUGAUCCAUUGAAUCUAAAGAUGACAUCAAUGAACUAUAAGGAAUCAUCUUGACAGAGGAAUUGAAAAU